AUGUUCGCCUCGUAUUCGUCCAAAGCUCAGCGAAUGGAACCAAGGAAGAUGAGAAGAACCAACGUAAACGCGUACAGAAACCGCAUUUCGCAACGAUGCGCCCGCGAGAAGAAGUUGACCCAGAAUCGCAAUGUAGCCAACUUCAUGGAUCUGGUCAAAAAGGCGCAAGCCGGUGGUCAUGAGAAUAAUACCGUCCUUGUAAAUGCCUACGCAGAGUUGAUGCAGGAGAAUGACCAACUGAACGAGGCGCUUCUUCGCAUGCGCAAGAAGCUUCUGAGCAUUAGCAACAGUUCAGAAGCGGCAGCGGAUGACCCUAUUUUUGAAAAACUCCUAAAGCCCAGGGGCGAUCAGCGCCGUCAGUCCGUAGACCCUUCCGAUCCGUCGCGACCUGAGCCGGACACUGUGGUGCAACGGGAUGCUGAAACGACGGAAUCAAGAUCACCUUCAUCAUCACCAGGUAAUAAUCGCAGUCAGGAAUUACACCCUACAGCGGCACCCGUCAUUGAACUGAGCGGCUCAGUUGAACCUGAUCCCUUGUUCGAUGACUUGGGUUUAUCGAAUUACGCCGUGUAUAAUUCGUUGCCGGAGCGCGAGAUUAUCGAGAUCGGGCACAGGGAGGAUGAAUCCCUUGAGAGUUUCGCUCAGAAAAUCGAUUACAGCUUCCUGGACUCAUUCACAAUGCCAACGCCUUCUAAUUUCCCCGAGGGCCCCACUCGAAGCCGGUCGUUCCUCAAGACUCUCAGUCCGGGCCAAACAGUCCUUGCGUCUCCAGAUUCGGUCUUUGAUUCUUUCGGGAGACUGUCGUAUGUUCGUUUCAUGGAUGCGCUCGAGAGGGCCUCCGUAAUCUAUCUGUGCUCGGAGUCGAACAUUCAAACCGAUUUUACCAAGCUACAUGAACCAGCGACGCUGGUAGACCUGAAGCUCAGGUGCAUGAGCAUUGCGAGUAGUAAGAUGGUACAUGAUCUGGCUACUGUGGCCGUACGCGUUGCAAUAAAGCACAGUGGCCUCGGUGAUUAUGUUCAUGGGGUGGGGGGUGCAUCCACCAUGGAAGCAAUAAUGCAAUGGCGCCUUGCCCCAACUGAGGAUAACGUCGAAAAGAUUCCUGAGCCGUUUCGGCCAACUCCACUACAACGAAAUCUCGCCCAUUCCUCCGUCAUCGACAUGCUAAAUUGGGCCCAUUUACGGGAUCGCCUGAUCUUGCUCUCGAAUCAAGACCGAACUCUCGAUAUUGACCAAGCCGUUCGUGAUAUAUUGCUUCACACUGUCUUCGAAGUCCCUCAUCUCAAUCUUUCCUUGAGCACUCUUGAUGCUUACUACAACACUAUUGGUCGUCAGCAGGGCUUGCCGCCCCUGUCACAACACGAUAUACUGCGAAAAAUUGAAGGAGUGGCGUCUAUCAUUCCUGAGACAGGUUGCAACCACACGGCGCAAUAUUGGUUCGAGAUUGUGCGCGAAAUGUCGACAACAAUGCAAGACUUGGAUGUGCAACAGACGCCAAGAUACCAGCUUGCUGAGAGUCACUUUGCACAGAAGUUGGGCGUCACGCGACUCUCUGGAUGGAAAUUGAGUCGGAAAUGGUGGGAAGACUAUGCAUACCUAGCUACGCAACAUGGUCAGUGUGAUGCCGAUGCGAAUCUACCGGUCGACAUUGACUCAGUGCGCACAGAACUUAGCACAAAGUAUCCGACUGCUGCAGCUAUUGACAUGUAG